CAGGCAACGAUGUCUGCGGGAGGAGAAGCGACGUGCCAGCCUGACCUACGUGUUCUCUCUCCUGUCUCCCAGGCACCUGCCAUGGCAUCACCAUUCCAGGUGGAGGAGCUGCGGGACCUGGACGAGGAGCGGCUUUGGGAGAUGCUGGAGGACCACCGCUACCAGCUCGUGCAUACCAUCUUCCCAAACCGUCUCACCCCCUACCUGCGCCAGGCCAAGGUGCUGGACCAGCUGGAUGAGGAGGAGAUUCUGCACAGCCCCCAGUUCACCAACAGCGCUAUGAAAGUGGGUCACAUGCUGGAUCUCCUGAAAAGUCGUGGGAAGAAUGGGGCUCUAGCUUUCCUGGAGAGCCUGAAAUUUCACAACCCAGACACCUACACCCUGAUCACUGGCCUGGAGUCCUCCAUAGACCUCCACAGCUUCAGUGGUCUCAUUGAGAGCUCCAAGCUGACAGAGUGCCUGGCUAAGGCUGUGAACAGCUUGCAGGAGGAGCUGAACCAGGAGAAAAGGCAGCGGGUGGCUCUGCUGCAUCACUGCAGCCAGCUCAAGGAAAGUGUGACCCGGCUGGAGGCCCAGAACAGAAGCUUGACAGGCAUCCAGGCUGAGUAUGACUGCAUGAAGAGGGAGGUUAGCACCCACUUUAAUGAGGGGCUGAAGCUGAAGGAUGAGAUGUACAACCUCUCCAUGCACUACACCAAUGCUCUGAAGGAGAAGGACCUGGCCAUCACGCGGUGCCAAGCCCUGCAGGAGGAGCUGUACCUGAUGAAGCAGGAGCUGGAGCGAGCCAAGGAGGUGUUGCGCUGUGAGAGGGAGAGGUCUCAGAGAGGCCCUGGUGACCUGCAGCCCCAGGCAGAUGAGUUGCUGAUGCUGAAGGAGGAAAAUGAGAAGCUCAAGUCACUGAUGGAGCUGGAGACGUUCAGCCUGGUGGAGAAGGACAUCUUGGAGCAGCACCUGGACGAGGCUCUGGAGGGCAAACAGGAGCUGCUGGACCGCAUCCACUCCCUGCGGGAGAGGGCAGCCAUGGCUGAGAGUCAGCAUAAGCAGUGUCGGGAGGAGAAGGAGCACAUGCUGAUUGAGUGCCAGAAGGUGAAGGUGGACUGCGAGAUCUACAAGGAGAAGAUCUGUUCCUUCCAGGCACAGGUGGCCGAGCUGCAGAAGGAGCGAGACCAGGCGUACAGUGCUCGGGAUGCUGCCCAUGUUGAGAUCUCCCAGAACCUGCUGGAAAAGGACUCGCUUCGCCAGAAGGUGUUUGAGCUUACGGAUGAGAUCUGUGAGCUGAGGAAGCAGGUGAGAGGGGAUGGAGAGGCUGACCUGGAGCCCAGGGAGGAGGGGCAGAAGAGGAAGCAGAGGCUGGUGAGGAUGCAUGCCAUCUGUCCCAUGGAUGAGAGCCAGGGCAGCUCCUUCAGCACAUCGGAGCUCUGGUGUGAUUUGGGCAUGAAGGUGAGCUGUGACUCAGUGGAGAGUUUCCAGUCAUGCAGCCCCAUCCCACCCUGCAAGAACUCUCUGCAGAAGCGAGCUAUGGGGGAUUACCUGGAGAGCAUCACGUCUGGGAGCUCCCAGGAGUUCCCAGAGGUGGACAUCAGUCUGGGCCUAGCGGAGGUGGAAGAACCCACGCUGGAGUGUGCCAUGCGUGAGAAGGAUGGUGGGUUUCUCCAUUCCCUGUUCGGAGAAGCCUGUCACUUGCCUGGCCUUCAUGUUUGCCCCAGACUGUCCCUGGGGCCUGUGUCCUUUCUUCCAGGUGGCUGCUCCCCACUGCUGGGCUCAGACCCUUCUGCCUCGGAUAGCUCACCCAUGCGUCGUCGGCCAGCUCAGCGGAUCCUCAGUCGCAUCACUACCAUCGCCUUCGAAGGCAAUGCCUUGCUGGAGCAGAUCAGCAUAAUUGGGGGGAACCAGACUGGCAUCUUUAUCCACAAGGUCACCCCCGGCUCAGCUGCUGACGAGGUGUCCUUGUCCCCGGGGAACCAGAUCAUGGUGGUGGAUUAUGAUGUCCUGGACCCUGAUUUCAAAGCUGUCCUGGAGGAUGUGACCCUGGAGGAAGCACUCUGGGUCCUAAAGAGAGUGAACGGCUUCUGCUGUCUAUCAGUCAGACCCAACAUGGAGGGGUACAACAAGCUGGUGAGUGACCUGGAGAACAAGGUGGCAACCUCAGGCGACUCAUUCUACAUCCGAGCCAACUUGGCCAUAGAAUGGCAAGGUGGAGGGCACCUACCCGUGCAAUGCAACGACAUCCUGCACGUCACAGACACGGUGUUUCAGGGCAGGAGCCAGUGGCAUGCCUGCCAGGUGAACCCCUACAACAUGAAGGACAUGGACACCGGCAUCAUCCCCAACUACUACCAGGCCCAGCAGCUGCUUAUUGCCCUGAUCCGGGAUAUGACCCAACUGACCACGAUGGCACGCAAGCCUUCUGGAGGGCAGCAGAAGCUGGUGCGAGUAGUCAGCACAGAAAAGAGCAAGAUCAACCCUCUCUGGUCAUCCAUCAACUACAGCUCUGGUGGUCCUGACAACCGUGAGGCUGGCUCCAGCACCCAGGGAGGCGGCUGCUUCACCCUGAUGCCCUACACCCUCGUGCGGCCCCACCAGCCAGGCCAGCUGCGUCCCGUCCUCCUUGUGCCCACGCUACUGGGGCGGAUCCUGGCCAGCAAGCUGUGCCUCAGCAAGGGCUUUGAGAUGUGCCCAUCAGAGUUGCAGGGAGAAGCCAGCCAAGCUGCCCAGCGCAGAGCUGCCCUCCUGGGGACAGACAGACUGCACAGCCGCUGCAUGGUCACUUGCCGGGUGCUGGAGGCACUGGCAGAGAAGAAUGUGCAUGGCCUGCUGGACAUGGGACUGGAGUGUGUGCGGACCCUGCACACCAUGGAGAUGUAUCCCAUCCUCCUCCUCCUCUCCAUCACAGAGAAGAAUGCCAAGAAGCUCAAAAAGGCCCUGCAGCGCCAUGGAGCCACAGAGGAGCAGCUGCUGGAUGGCGCGCGGAGCGAGGAGGCUCAGCUGGACAAGCUGCCCUGCCUGUACAGCACCAUCGCACCCGAGAGCUGGAGCGACCUGGACUCGCUCCUGGGCUGUGUCCGAGCAGCCGUUGCUGAUGAGCAAAGGAAGACGGUGUGGAUAGCCCAGGACCCGUGCUGAGCCCUGGAGAGGGCUCCGAUUUCAGCAAGGAUCCUGGGCUGGGUGCAAGGACUGGAUGAAGCAAGAGGGUCUCUGCAGCCCUCUGUACAUGACCUGCUAACAACCAAGCUAAUGCCCAACCUCGCUGCAGCCUGGCCCCCAUUAGCAAGGGCCUACCAGUGACUAUUCAUUUGGGAUGGUUUCUGUCUCCUUCCUUGUGUGAGUGGCUGCUAGCUGGCACA